AUGCACUCAAAUCCCUACUGCUGGCGACGGCUCUAUACCGAUGCGUGCCUAUUCCGGUCGCUCGCAGAUAUGCAGGCUGCCAUAGCGGAUGACGGCGCCCUAGCACUUUCCGCCAUUUCCAGACUUGACAGAACCCUAGUCAUCGCUGGAGCUGCUGGAGAGGGCAGGGCGGAUCUCGUGCAUGCAGUGAUAGCGAAAAUCCAGUCAGUGUGCUUAUCUGCAGCGUCGGAUAGAUUCUUCGACUCGUCAUUCUCCUUCGGUCCCUCGCCUGCGUCUAAUCUUAACAUCCCCUCUUUCGCACGUGAGGUGCCUUGUCUACAGAAUCCACCAUCAAUGGUCGCGUUUCAGCGUAGCUACUUCGGACAGCCGUUCGUUCUUAAAGGUUACAUCUCUGAAUGGCCGGCUUUGAACGAACACCCUUGGCGUUCUCCGGCCUACCUUCGCCAGGUUGCAGGCCCUGGUCGCGUUAUUCCCGUCGAAGUCGGCAAGGACUACCGUGCUAGCGAUUGGACCCAGACGAUUUUAAGAUGGGACGAUUUCCUGGAUGUCCUUGCUUCCUCUCCAGUUGAUGAUCGCCAUUCUGUUCUCUACCUUGCACAACAUAACCUACUGGCACAAUUUCCGCGCCUGCGAGAUGACAUAGUGAUCCCCGACUAUAUAUAUGCGGACAUGCCCGUCCCUGCAGACUAUCCGGAUUACCAUCCUCCAGGCAAUGAAGAACGUCUGAUCUUGAAUGCGUGGUUGGGUCCUAACGGGACCAUAUCCCCUGCGCACACGGAUCCCUACUAUAACCUCUACGCCCAGGUGGUGGGUCGGAAAACAGUAUGGCUGGCACCUCCCCAUGUAACACCUUCCAUGUAUCCCUACGCGCCCUCCAGCGCACCCGAGUCGCUGUCCUCUUGGGGUAGCACGCACAACCCUGCUGCCAACAAUACCGAUCCGUCCUUGAGUAACACCUCUCGGGUGGACGUCUUCUCUAGCGAAGAGGCUCAAAGUCGUGCGGAUUUCCCGCUCUUCUUUGAGAAGGUUGUUCCUGAAGCUAUAGCCGUGACUCUGGAGCCCGGCGACUUACUGUUUUUCCCUCCCGGUUGGUGGCAUGCGAUGAGGGCAGAAGAUGUCAGUUUCUCGGUCUCGAUGUGGUUUUGA